CUUUUGUUGCCUAGCGACGGAGCAAAGCGGUUUGUUUACGGAGGGAGAGCGCGAGAGAGUCGAGCGGUUGCAAGCUAUGGAGGAGAUACAGGAGGUGGCGGAGGAGAUCUCUACUCCAACACCCCAAAAUCUUGAGGAUGUCGUUGUCCCGAUUUCCCCGGAACCACAGGAGUCGGCCACGGAUGCGGAGACAACAGAGGCCGCGAAGAGUCCCCCUACUGCAGAGCCGCCGACGCAGGAAGGAGCGGGAGACGAGGCGACCGCGGGAGAGAAGCCCCAACGGACGACCGAAGAGCCGCCAACAUUAGAAGGAGCGGACAAGGAGCCUGCGCUGGAGGAGCAACCGGAGCGCGAAACCUCGAGCGAAGGUCCAGGAGGAGCCGAGGCCCCGAAGGAUGGGGAAGAGGACAAGAGGAGCCCCUCAGAGAUUCCUUCUCUGGAGAAACUGGAAGAAGAGAGCGGGGCGCCGGAGGCUCCCUCCAGGUUAACGCUCCUCCGCGACUUGCCCACCGGCGCCUCCUUCGAGGAGGGCGAGCCGGCGGAGCCGCCUCCGUUGCAGGUGGGCGUGGAACUGGGCCGCAGGAUCAGCCGCAGCCUCUGGGAGCUGGAGCAGAGGGAAGCAAGCAGCCGCUCCUUAGUUGUGGGUGGCAGCCCGGAGAGCGAGGAAGGCGCGCUGGAAGGAGAGACGGAGGAGCAGAGGGAGCGGCGCGCGGCCGAGGAACAGCGGCGGCGAACCGAACUCAUGGAACAGUACCGGCAGCUGCUGACCGAGCGAGGCCGCCUCCGCAAUUACAACACGAAGCUGCAGGGCAAACUGGCCGAGGUCUUGAACAAAGCCAAGAGCAAGGAUCGCGUCCGAGAACUAGAACACCACAUCUCCGACUGGGAGCAGCGCUACAGCCGCUACCUGGCCAUGUUAGAGAAGUUGCGUAGCCAGCAGGCGGAGGAGACGGCUUGGUACCAGAAGGAGAUCGAUGCUCUCCACCGGUCCUGCGAUCAGAAAUUGACUAAGGUGGAGAGUGAAUGGAAGACCUACCAGGCGGUCAAGAAGGAAGUAGCUGUAUAUACUAUGGGGAGGCGGCUAGGAGGUAAACAAGCUGCCAUCAAGGAAGUGGACAAGAUCCAAGCUAAAGAACAAAGCAAGGAAAGGGAGAUGACGGAGGUACGUCUUGAAAAUAUAAAAUUGAAACACAGGAUCCAAAAACUUGAUGCAAGUCUAAAAGCCCAAGAAGAACUGGCAGAAGGCUUACAUUUAAUAGACUUUGAGCAGCUGAAGAUAGAAAACCAGACUUACAAUGAAAAGAUUGAAGAGCGUAAUGAAGAACUUCAGAAACUCCGGAGAAAGGUCACCAAUACAGUACAAGUUCUAUCUCAAGUAAAAGAAAAACUGCAAUUUGUGGAAGCGGAGAAUCAAGGCCAGAAGGCUCAGCUAAUGGCAGUGGAAAGUCUAGUAGCGCAAAACAGAGAUAUAUUAACAAGGACAAAGCAGGCUCGUGAUAAAUUGAGAAUAGACAAUCAGAGGCUUCAACAGAAAUGUGGUUUACUUGGAAAUACAUUGUUAUUGAGGGACUUUGAGGAGAAAGUGGAUGCUGCUGAGAUACUAAAAGAGAAAUUGGAAAUACUGAAGCGUCGUCAUGCUGGAUUAUCCCUUACUUGCAAUGGAAUAAAGAUGAAAAUCAAAGGGGCAAAAUCUUUUCUGCCAUUCUAAAUGUCUUUAGUGGUAAACAGAACAAAGUAGUGUAUGAAAAAAAUCAAAUAAAUCAUACUAGUGCCUUUAGAUUAUAUUCCAGCUAGAUGUGGUUCAAGCCUCAAAUCCAAAUAACCAUCAUGAGUGCUUAUAUAAGCAGGAUAGGAUAUCAUUUUAAUAAUAAUAAAUUCAUAAAUACCCUGUUAAUUUAUAAUUGACAGUAAAAGUGUACAAAGCUAAACUCAUAACAGAAUCUAUUCAAUUUUUAAUGUAAAAAUAGAUUAUAAGCAAAUGUGGGCAAUUAUUAAUAAAUAAGUAUAAUAACAUUGUAAAGUGCUUAGCCUCCAUUGGAGAAAUUUGUGUUUUUAUAUGUUUUUAAUUAGCCAUAAUAGGUAACCUAUCUUCAUUUUUCCUUGACUCUUUAAUAGUAUCAAAAUUGUUCAAGUAAAUUAAAAAAGUUAUGUAUCAACAUCUUUUAUGUUAAAUUUUUUUAGUUAUUUGAGUCUUUCCUCAAUAAAGAUGGUUCUCAAACCUUUUUUUAAAAAA